AUGCAUGAUUCAAUCGCCAUCCCUGCCUGCUUCUCCUCCUCAGGCGAGCAGCCAGCACCACCACCACAACAAGCAGCCACCGUGGUGACAAGGUCAGGCCAGUCGGUGUUCAUGUCGGUCUACAAAACCCACCUGGCCGGAAAACCCCGUUUCAUCACAAUCACAUGGUGCAAGAAUCUGCUGCUACAUGGUCUGUCUGUCUCAGUCCAAGCCAGUAGCAGCAGCAGCAGCAAUGGUGGUAGUACUAGUAGUAGGGAUCAUACGGAUGAACAUCAUCAGCAUGAGUGCAAGGUGGAGCUAAAGCCGUGGUCUUUCUGGCGAAAACAUGGAUCGAAACAGUUCAUUGUCGAUGGUAAGUCAGUAGAAGUGGUGUGGGACUUGAAAUCGGUGAAAUUCGAAGGCGAGACAGAGCCGAGAUCGGAUUACUAUGUGGCCAUUGUAUGUGAAGAUGAAGUUGUUCUGCUUCUAGGCGAUCUGAAGAUCGAUGCCUACUUGAGAACCCGGUGCAGGCCUGCACUAAUCGAGCCGGCAUUGGUGUCGAGAAGGGAACAUGUGUUUGGUAAAAAAAGGUUCGUCACGAGGAUGAAGUUCCACCAUGAGAAGAAAGGUUGUUACCAUGAGAUCUGCCUUCAAUGCAACAGCAAUGGUGUGGAUCAUGAGAUGGAGAUCAGAGUGGAUGGGAAGAGGGAGAUUGAAGUGAAGCAUCUGCAGUGGAAGUUCAGAGGGAAUGAGUCGAUGGUUGUGAGCAACAAGGAUAGAGUGGAGGUGUAUUGGGAUGUUCAUGAUUGGUUGUUUGGUUCUGGUCCAAGACAUGGGCUCUUCAUAUUCAAGCCAGUGUCAGGUUCUUGCUCUUCUUCUUCUGAUUAUGAUGGUGAUCAAGAAAUGAGGUUUGAUAGUGGAGGAGGAUCAGUUGGUGAUGGUGAUGAAAGUGGAGGAUCGUCUAGCAAUUUUUGCCUGUUUCUGUAUGCUUGGAAGGUAGAAUGA